AUGUCCUCAUCUCUCACCGAGCCCAUCCCAGAAGAGACCCAACUCGACAUAAUCGACUUAACCAACGAUAUAUCCGAUGAUGAACUGGCCGACUCCUCACUGGAUGAUUUGACAGAGUGUUUCGAAAGUACUCAGCCGGGCGACAUUUAUGGGGAACACAGUCGAUUUACCCCGACUUCGACUGAUACUUCGCAGGAAGGGGACAGCGACCUUGAGGUCGAUCGGAAUAGCCUUCACUACAUGCCUGGUCAAUCCGUUGAGCUGAACGAUGGGGAUUAUUUUUACAUCGAGCGAGCUAAGCAAGAAAUGGGUUCGCAGGUUUUCUAUGGCCGUCAUCUGACAGCAGCACUGAAGAUAGACGACCAUGUCGGCAUACCCAAAGUUUUUGGAGAGCUCAUAUGGAUGGCUAGUGAGAAGAACCGCAUCUCUAUCGACGAAAUAAAGGAGGUUCGCCCCGUUCGAUUUACAAACGACCGUCCACAGUGGACUGAUCGUGCAGAAUUCGUGUGUCGUUUGAAGCUCACCAUCUCGUCUCGGAGGAUUAUUCUUAACCCUAUUAACCCUCGAAGCAAACAAAGAAUCCCAGAAAGCAACAGAGAGUACGCAAUUGAGUAUCUCACAUUUGAAGAGGUACGAGACACAUUUUUUCGUGCACGAACCAGCAAAGAGUUGAGAGAUGACUGGCGUGGACAUGGUCAAACAAUUCCAUUCGGGGCGAAGGAGUCAUCAGCUCAGUCUACCCCCAUGUCAAUCGAUUUGGACAACCCAGCUCCCGAGCCCCUAGAUCUUGAUGGCAUUCGAAAUCGCAAGUAUACAUUUGGCGAUUCAUACUGUGGUGCUGGUGGUGCAUCCUGUGGUGCUCAGCUAGCCGGCCUGGAAAUGACUUGGGCUGUGGACAAAGACUUCCAGGCAAUCUCCACGUACCGUGCAAACUUUCCUAAUUCUCUGGCGGAGCAUUCCGAGUUCAACCACUUUAUGACAAAUAAUCCGGAAGAUGUUCGAGUCGAUGUUUGUCAUACCUCGCCCCCUUGUCAGCCUUUCUCACCGGCUCAUACAGUUAAUAACGAAGAGCGAGAUGAGAUGAACUCGGCUUGCAUAUUUACAUCUCGGAACUUAAUUGAUAAGGUCCGUCCUCGAAUUUUGACUAUGGAAGAGACAUUCGGACUGAAGGGACGCCACGGGAUCACUCUGCACAGAAUUAUCUUGGACUUUGUCGAAAUUGGCUAUUCUGUUCGCUGGGCGGUGGUGAAUUGUGUGAACUAUGGCGUUCCACAAAUGCGACGGCGAUUGAUUAUUAUAGCGGCAGGACCAGGCGAGAAGCUUCCCACUUUACCCACGCCAACACACGGCCCCCCAGGAUCUCUUCUGCGUCCGUUUGAAACGAUUGGAGGCGCCAUCGAUGAUAUCCCCGAUGAUGCCCUAGAUCAUGAUCCAGCGAAAUUUCUGGAGAGAAGCCGAAACGCGCACCGGGAAGAAUACCCCGCCGACCGCCCAGCGCAUACCCUGACCUGCAGCGGCGGUGCUGGAAAUUAUCAUCCAUCCGGCAAGCGUUCAUUCACCAUUCGGGAAGCAGCUUGUAUUCAAACAUUUCCGAUGAAUUUUGAGUUUUGUGGUAGCAGGAGACGCCUGCAGAUCGGGAAUGCAGUCCCUCCACGGUUUGCGAAGGCUAUUUAUCGAGAGGUGUGUCGGUCAUUGAGAGAGACUGAUGAGAAGGAAUUGACAGAAUGA